CGUCUCAGUUGCCCAGCGAACGUCGCAGCGCGCGGCUGCAGAAAGCGCACAGAAAGAAAGUGUUGAAAGAAAGCACAACAAAACAACAACAACAACAACAACAACGAAAAGCUCCAAGGCGGCGCUUGAACUCGGCUCUCAGGCUACAAACAAACAAAACGGCAAAUAUACACAAAAAAAAACCCUCUCGCAAUCGUACGAUCUCGUUCUCUAACUCUUUCUCUGUCACUGUCUCCUUUAACACAGUUCUAAGAAGUGUUCAGCAAACACGUUGAGAUUUUGGACGAACGCCAUCGAUUGAAACAUGAGCUCGGCUAUUGUGGGCGCCGCGUCGGCAAUUGGAGGCGCGGUGACGGCGGCAACAAGCAACAGUUGGUUCAUACCGAUGCUGAUGGCAGCGGUUGCCUAUUUCCAGUAUGAGGAGAUCAUGGAUCCCGAAUCAAAACCCAGCGAUGUGAGCAGCGAUGACAUACUCGAUCACUAUGAUUUCAUUGUGAUAGGCGCCGGUUCUGCCGGCGCUGUUGUUGCCAAUCGUUUGACCGAGGUCGAGAACUGGAAUGUCCUGUUGCUGGAGGCUGGUGGCGAUGAGACCGAACUGACGGAUGUACCGCUCAUGGCCGGUUAUCUGCAACUCUCGAAGAUCGACUGGCAGUAUAAGACCGAACCUUCGGGAACUUCAUGUUUGGCUAUGCAAGGUGGACGCUGCAAUUGGCCCAGGGGCAAGGUCUUAGGAGGAUCAUCUGUCCUGAACUACAUGUUGUAUCUCAGAGGCUCAAAGAGAGACUACGAAAACUGGGAGGCUCUCGGCAAUCCCGGCUGGUCGUAUCGCGAUGCCCUCUACUACUUCAAGAAAUCGGAGGACAAUACUAAUCCCUACUUGGCCAGCACACCCUACCAUGCCACCGGCGGCUAUUUGACUGUGGGCGAGGCACCUUACCACACGCCCCUGGCGGCUAGCUUCGUUGAGGCUGGCGUGGAGAUGGGCUACGACAAUCGCGACUUGAAUGGCGAGAAAAUGACGGGAUUCAUGAUUGCCCAGGGCACCACAAGACGUGGUUCGCGCUGCUCGACAUCCAAGGCGUUCUUGCGACCCGCUCGCCUCCGUCCUAAUCUGCACAUCUCGAUGAACUCGCAUGUUACCCGCAUCAUGAUCGAUCCGGUCACCAAGCUGGCAUUUGGCGUCGAGUUUGUUAAAGAUCAGAAGCUGUAUCAUGUGCGUGCCACCAAGGAAGUGGUGCUGUCUGGUGGCUCGGUGAACAGUCCGCAACUGCUGAUGCUGAGCGGUGUUGGACCACGCAAGGAGUUGACCAAGCAUCGCAUUCCGGUUAUCAAGGAGUUGAGCGUUGGCGAGAAUCUGCAGGAUCACAUUGGUCUCGGUGGCUUGACAUUCCUCGUGAAUCAGCCCGUUUCUAUUGUGGAGAAUCGCUUUCACACGAUGUCAACGGUGCUGCAGUAUGCAGUCUUUGGCCAAGGUCCUCUCACCAUACUCGGGGGCGUCGAGGGUCUCGCCUAUGUGAACACAAAGUAUGCGAACAGUUCACUGGACUGGCCGGACAUUGAGUUCCACUUUGUGUCGGGUUCAACUAAUUCCGAUGGCGGAUCACAGCUGCGCAAGGCACACGGAUUGACGGACGCAUUCUAUAGGUCGGUCUUUGAGCCGAUCAACAAUCGGGAUGCAUGGAGCAUAAUACCGAUGUUGUUGCGUCCCCGCAGCGUGGGCAGCAUCAAGUUGCGCAGCAGCAAUCCCUUCGACUAUCCCUACAUCUUUCCCAACUAUCUGACCGAUGAGUUCGAUAUGAAGACUCUAAUUGAGGGUGUCAAAAUAGCCGUAGCCCUCUCCCGAACGAAGGCUAUGCAACGCUUUGGCUCACGUCUUUCCAGCAUACACUGGCCGGGAUGUGAGCAGCUGGCUCCCUUCACCGACGCCUACUGGGAGUGUAUGGUGCGUCGCUAUACUUCGACAAUCUAUCAUCCCGUCGGCACCUGCAAGAUGGCACCGUAUUGGGACAAGGAUGCGGUAGUAGAUGCCAAGUUGCGGGUGUACGGCAUACGUGGUCUGCGGGUGAUCGACGCCAGUAUCAUGCCCAAGUUGGUCUCGGCCAAUACGAAUGCGCCCGUAAUUAUGAUUGCUGAGAAAGGCAGCGAUAUGAUCAAGGAGUUUUGGAUUAAGAACACAAUAGUCUGAUAGGGAGACAGCAUUUGGUAUGAGAGUGAAUCUGAGUGUGAAUGCGAGCGUGAAUGAGUGAGUGCGUGAAUGUUUGAGGUCUUUACACUUAAGGGAUUUUUCCUCCGAGAACCCAAAUUUAUUUUCUUUUUUUUGUUAUGCUUAAGACAAUCCCAUGUAUUUAUUGUAACUGUACGAACAAGUCAAACCAAGUGACCAUUAAAUGAGUAUUUCGACCGAG